CUGCCAGUUAAGUGUUUCAUGUGGACUGCUGUGGUUUUUCAUUAUAAAAAUUAAACGAAAAAGGCAGCUGAAAAGUGUUAGAAAUAUUUAAAACAUAUUUAGGUGCUUACCUAAAAAAAUAUAUUAUCAACUGGAACCGGUGACAGUCGUCACACUAACAUUUAACGAAGCUAAUAAAUUGCAUGUGCAAUUAGUCUAUUCGGCAAUACAGAAAAAUUUUAAUUAAAUUUCAUUAAAAAGGCAUUUAAACAAUUUAACGAAAAUGAGUAAAUUUACGGAUAUACUGAAAAAGAAUUUUCCAGCAAUGGACAAUGAAUUAAAGGAAUAUGUUGAAGGUGUUCUUGAGGGAAGUUUGGAUGACUUUGAAAAUUCUGACGAUAUUUAUGAUGCCGUUGGGGAUAUACUACAGAGUGUGAACAGUGAAAAAACAGAGGAAAAUGUCAGGGACCUUUGUAAACAAUUCUUUAACAUACUUAAAGUUGAUUCUAAAAAUGAAGUACGAAAAGUUCUAAAUGCACCUGUUAAUAUUGCUGAAAUGGCAAAAAAUAUGGAAUCAAUGGAUAAGGAUAUACAAAGCAUUUGGGUGGUCAAUAAGGACAAUUCAAAUAAAGUUGAUACCAAAAAGCUUGAAAAGGCUGAGGCGAAGUUACAACAGAAGCAGGAAAAACGUUUAGAUGCCACCAAAAAUCAAGUUGCACAAACUGUUAAACUACAAACAGCCACUGCGUCUCAGGUUACAAACAAGAAAAAUACAAAAAUGGAACAGAAAGGCACAAAUCGUUCCAUGGACAUUAAAAUAGAAAACUUCGAUUUGGCAUUUGGUGACAAAGUACUGCUACAAAAUGCAGAUCUACUGUUAUCAUUCGGGCGUCGAUACGGUCUAGUUGGUCGUAAUGGUUUGGGUAAAACGACAUUAUUGCGUAUGAUUUCAGAUCGACAGUUGCAGAUACCAUCGCAUAUAACAGUAUUACAUGUUGAGCAAGAAGUAGUAGGCGAUGAGACCUCAGCUGUUGAUAGCGUGCUGGAAUGUGACACCGAAAGAACACGUUUACUAACACGCGAGAAAGAUAUACUAGCAGCUUUGAACAGUGGCGUACAGGACACGUCGCUAAGUGCGGAACUAAGUGAAAUUUAUAUACAAUUACAAAAUAUCGAAGCUGAUAAAGCUGUGGCGCGUGCAUCUGUGAUACUUAAAGGUCUAGGUUUUGAUGCUGAUAUGCAACAACGUCCAACUAAAUCAUUCUCAGGUGGUUGGCGUAUGCGUUUAGCUUUAGCACGUGCACUUUUCUCAAAACCAGAUCUAUUAUUACUUGAUGAACCGACAAACAUGUUGGAUAUUAAGGCUAUCAUUUGGUUAGAAAAUUAUUUACAAACGUGGCCCACCACUUUGUUAGUAGUAUCGCACGAUCGUAAUUUCUUGGAUACCGUACCAACAGAUAUAAUACAUUUACAUUCCCAAAUUUUGGAACCAUACAAAGGAAAUUAUGAACAGUUUGAGAAGACGAAGAAUGAGAAACUGAAAGCACAAAGACGCGAAUAUGAGGCACAAUUAGCGUAUCGGGCACAUGUUCAAGAAUUUAUUGAUCGUUUUCGAUAUAAUGCUAAUCGAGCAUCGUCCGUGCAAUCAAAAAUCAAAAUGCUGGAAAAACUACCUGAACUGAAGCCUGUUGAAAAAGAGAUUGAAGUUAAGCUUAAGUUUCCUGAAGUUGAGCCCCUUAAUCCACCAGUUAUGGCUAUUUCCGAAAUCGAAUUUCGUUACAGUUCCUCUGAUCCAUUACCAAUAUUCAAGAAUGUUUCACUUUCAGCUACCUCAGAUUCCAGAAUUUGCAUUGUUGGUGAAAAUGGCGCCGGUAAAUCAACGCUACUUAAAAUCAUUGUCGGUCAACUGAGCACAAUAAUUGGCAAUAUUGUAUUACAUCGUAGCUUAAGGAUAGGUUACUUCGCACAACAUCAUGUGGAUCAUUUAAAUAUGAAUCAAACCUGCGUAGGCGUAUUAGCGGAACUGUUUCCUGGUCGACCUGAUGAAGAAUACCGUAGACAAUUAGGUAGCUUUGGUAUAUCUGGUACUCUAGCUUUGCAAAGUAUUGCCAGCUUGUCUGGAGGACAGAAAUCACGUGUGGCAUUAGCUAAAAUGUGCAUGGCUGAACCUAAUUUCUUGGUACUUGAUGAACCUACAAAUCACUUGGAUAUCGAAACGAUUGAUGCUUUAGGAAAAGCAAUUAAUGCAUUUAAGGGUGGUAUUAUAUUAGUUUCUCACGAUGAGCGUCUCAUUAAAGUAGUUUGCAAGGAACUAUGGGUUUGUGGAAAUCGUACUGUACGCGCAAUUGAAGGUGGUUUAGAUGAAUACAAACGUGAAGUAUAUAAAGAGAUUGAAGAGAAUAGUUAAAAACUGUAUGAAAUAUCAACAUUCUUAUCAAAUAAUUGUUCACAAGAAGCUUACAACAACCUCUCAAGUGAUAAAAAUACAAAUAACAAAACACAUUUCACAACCUCAUUAAAGAAGUGUAUGAUAAGCAUGAUUUUAAAUAUUUUCCUACUAAAUUGAAACUAAUAGUAUAA